AUGCCCACUGUGCUUCACUCGCUUGCUGUUCUAUUCCAAACACUUAUGAGGGAAACUCCCGAGAUGUCCACCUCCGAUUUCAAUGAUUCAUACAUCGAUCGGUGGAGAAAUAUGAGCAGACAAGAUGACUCCAAAAAACGUAACGCUGGUAAGUUCUCGCGAGGACUACGAUCAAUAGAAUCAGAGGUGGGGAAGAGAUUAAGAUAUAUUUCAUGCAUUCCCACACAAUUUGAAACUUACGCAAAAAUUACGUCAAAGGGAAUAAACUAACAAAGCGUGAACCGAAACAAAGGACAGGGGCUCAUAAGAAGCCAUUUUGGGCUAAACGACUUUUUAAACUUGAACUCCCAAACAUUAUAUAUAGCUUGAAAGAGCGUGAAAAACUGAACAUUCUCAACUCGAUCUCUGUUCGUCG